AUGCCACCGCCACCCGAAGGCGACAGGCCAGAAGACUUUCGUAACAAUGUAAUCGCACAAACUCGCACAAUGCGGCGACAAAGCACUGCCAUCACGAAUGAGAAAGACGACGAUUCGGAGCUGUCGGAAUGCGAGUGCCAAACUCGACAAUACCCACCCUGGACGGGGGAGAUUCACGGAAUGAGUCAGGUUAGUUAAUAGACCUUUAUCUAGGUACCCGUAAUUAAAAAUAAAAAAAAUAGAUUAAUUUUUGUAAGCUAAAAAAUUAAAAAAAUAUUUUUCUUUGAGUUUCUUUUUCCACUACACCUGAAAAGGCUUUCUGGGCUUGACCCGCUCUAGGCCCGACCCCAGUCUAAAAUAAACUUGCAUAGAAAAAGCAUUUACAGUGGAACUCCUCAAUGAAUAGGAGUUAGAAAUGCACUAUUUAGUGGUUAGCGGAGAUUUAAAAGUUGUCCGCUAUACAGAGAAAUUUCGUUAUAGAGAAGUUCGUUAUACACGAGUUCCACUGUGACUGGAUUUCAAAAUUUUUCGUUAGGAAAGCGUUUUGUUAUACAGGAGUUUUAAAUCCACUGUUUAGUGUUGCCCAUGGAUCUAAAUGUUGUUUGUUAUACAUAAUUUUUGUUAAAAAGGAGUUUUUUAUACAGAAGGUAUAGUUUAACUAAAAAAAUAAAAAUUCAGGCCCUGUUGAGCAAAUCGAAGAAACUCCGAGCUUUCUGGUGGUUGGUUCUGUUCGUAUGUACAAGUUGUGGGACGGCGACGACAGUGUUGGUCGUAUUGGAGUAUUUAGAUGGGCCUACAGCUACUUCUACUACAAUCAGAUUGGUAAGACUAAAAAAUUUAUUUUUUUUUGGUAGUUGACGUUUCUAACACAAGGUUAAGCUUUUUGAAAAGAUUAAUUUGGUUGUUCUAUAAAAGUUCUAAUUUUGUUUUGGAUAUAAUAAGCAUAAAAUUAGAAUAAUUUGAUACCUAAAUUAAAAAAAUUGGUUUGGUAGUUUUUGAGAUGUUGAUAGGAGUUCUUUGAUAUAGUUUUAGGUGAUCAAGCGUUUUUGAAAAGCUCAAGUAUUACCUAAAAGUUACUUUUUCAUUCAUUUCUACAAUGGUGGUGAUAUUUUUUUGUUUUACUUUUAAAAAAAUAUUUUUUUUAGUCAAUUAAACACUAAUUUAUUUCAACUUUUGCAAAUUAUUUGUUUUAGGUAUCAUCCCUCCAACUGCCAGCCAUAACCGUCUGUCCGAAAGUCCCAGACGCCUUAGAUUUCGACGGUAUUUUUAGUGAUAUGCGGACCUUAAUACCUGACAUUUCGAAUCAAACAGCGUUGGACGUGGUUCGUUUUUGGCUAGCCGGAUCGGGCUUGGAGAAUAUCGAUGCCAUAAAUGAUUACAAUCGAACUUAUUUGGACGACUUGAGUGUCAAUUUUAAUAAAUGGAGCGAGGGCUACAAUCCAAAAGAGUUCUUCGACCUGAUGCAGGUGGGGUAAAAUACGACAAAUUAUCUUUUUUGUAAAAUUCUGAUUUGAAUUUAAAAAUUAUUUCAAAAUUUAAAAAACUGCCAUUAUAAAUUAGAUAACUGCUGCUUUUAGACCAAACACGGCUACACAUGUGACGAGCUGUUUUAUUACUGUGAACUGGGUGGUAAGGCCAAGAAUUGUUGUACCGAUAUGUUUCGAAAACGGUCGGUAAUGAGGAGAGGACUUUGUUUCCAAACUCUUCCUAAUGUCAACCAGGUAAGGCUGAUUUAGCUGAUAGGUUUACAUCUUUGACUUCUUUUACAGUAAUAUAAAGGUAGAGACUUAUUUUUGGUAUGUGUCACCCUUAUCCAUAUUUUUUUCACAAAAUUUUUACAACUUUUUGCUUGUAGCACCAAUAUACGGUAGGUAAGGGCAGGGUAGACAUGAGAAAUGGGCCGGGCCGCACAAGAAAAAUGAGAAAACCUGAAAAUCGGGUCCGGCUUGUACUGUUGCUCGUCUAGGGUAAGGUAGGGUGAAUAGGGUAAAGCUGGGUAGAUUUAAUUUUUUGUUGUAAAAUACGGCGUGUGUUCAUUGCUGUAAAAAUUUUAAAAAUAAGACAAUUUUAUCAGGUACUAAAAUAAAAAAUUUUAAAAAAUGAUGUUUUUUAAAUUUCAGACAGAAGCUGAUGACAUUGGACGACUGGUGUUGUUGAUGAAGUCGCCAAAAAGCAUAAUAUCUCCUCAAUAUAAUUAUACACAGGUAUAAUAUGGCAUUUUAUAAAUUUUAUUUUUUAUUUACAUUUUUUUUGUAAAAUACGAAAUCCAAUAUACAAAAAUUUAUGUUAUACUUUUUUUAAAAUGGACCGAGCUUUUAAAACUAAUCCUCCUUUUCAAAAAUGCAAAAAACAUUACCCUACUAUAAUAUAAAAGCCAUAAACCUUCCCAUUUCAGCCCCAAAUAAUCAUCUACAUCAAUGACAACUUUGAUUAUGUCUUGGAUUUCCCGAGGUUUUAUCUUUAUCCAAAUGAGUGGAAUCGAAUGCAUUUCACGGCUCGACUGGUCGAAUUGUUGGAGCAUCCAAAGGAUUGUACUAGUGAUGUAAGGGGUUUUUCGUUCAAUAUAUUGUGGUACAGGUAUUAAGCAAUGGUUUUUAACUUCCUCGAAAGUUUUAAAUAUCAAUUUUUUUUUUCAAAAAUUUAAAAAAAUUUUAAAAAUUAAAAAAAAAUUUUAUUUUGAAAUUUUAAAAAAUUCAAACCCUUCCAGAUAGAAGGCAAAGACACGGCUUGCUUCGUCCGAAACUGGCUUAACUCCAACCUAAUCGACCAGUUCAACUGUACCCUGCCCUACCUCACUGAAGUACCAGACAUACCAGCUCGUAAUGUUUGUGAUCCUUUAGUUGUAGUACGAGAAUACUUCAACACGAUCCAGCUGGUACACUCUGGUUCAGUUCACAGUCAAGAAUGUGUACCAGGAUGUAAGAGAUGGGAAUACGGGGUAUCUCUACAACAAAGUCAAGCUCUGGACAACUUUACUGGCUUCAAGUUCAACUUGGAAGCCAGUUUCUACGAUCUACAGUACGAGCAUGUUAAGGAAGUGUAUACGACUUCAGUACCUGGCUUCAUGUCACAAAUUGGAGGUCAGUUUGGGUUCUUCUUGGGGCUGUCCAUCAUCACCAUGAUUCAGAUCGGGAUCUACUUGAUAUCGUACGUCUUCAACUUCUUCUACAAACUCUUUAAACAACCGCCGGAUGACGAUGUUGUAGAUGGGGUAGAUCCUACAGUCACUGAUAUGACUCAGGGAUAUCUUGAUCGACAGAUACGACAAACAUACGGUAAUGGCACUUUGGUACAGAGUGAGAUACGGAGGUCAGUAAAUGUUAAUGACGGAGUGAAUGAUAGAGUAAAUGACAGAGUAAAUGACGGGGUAAAUAAUGAUGUAGUUGAUCGUAUACGACAAUCGUUUGAAAGAAAAGACUAUAGUUCUGCUAGUUCAAGAAAUAAUGAUGAUAUACCGGAGAUACGACGAGAUAUUGAUGAUAGUAAUAUACGAUACGACAGUAGUGACUCCAGCAACAUGCGAUACAAUGGCAGUAACAGUAGUAACAACAAAAUACGGCAUAGUAACAAGAACAAGUAUAAUAUGAACAAAGACGGGACUAAUAACAAUGGUAACGACAUACGAUACGACAAUGGUAACAAUCAAAAAUAUGAUGGCAAUAUACGAUCAAAUGGCAUAAAAAAUAAGAUACGAAGUCACAGUAACGGAAAUGAAAAAAAUGUCAACAAUAAUGAAUAUAACAAUAUAAUACGACACAGAGACCAUAGUAAUGGUCGUAUCGUGGAUGAUGGGUUACAGAUGAAGAAUGGUGUACUAUACUCGAGCAGAGUACGACCUACUCAAGGGAAUACGAACAUGAUCAGCUCGUGGAUGUAG